GUAUUACUUUAUGCUUUUUAAAUUGCUUCACAAUGAGUUAGAACUCUACAAAAUGUGGAAUAUCACCGAAAAUAAGAGUAUCUUAGUUGUAGGGGCAGGACGAGUGUCAAUUGCAAUUAUAGAUUAUUUCUUAAAAUGCCCUAAACUCACAGUAACAGUAGCUUCUCCAUUACAAAGUGAAUUAGACGCACUCAAAAACAAAUUGCAGAAUGGCAAUUUUAAAUGCGUUCUUAUGAGUCUAGAUCAAAGGGAAUUAGCUAUGGAUUUGCUUAAAGCAAAUGACUUGAUUGUUGGAUGCGUUCCGGUAAAUUUAAAUCAUAAAUUAUUAGAACUAUGCCUGGAAAGCCGUAAGAAUUUAGUCUUACCAUCCUAUUGUUCUGAUGUAAUAAAAUCUUACGAACAAGCAAUAAUUGACGCGGGAAUUGUUGUUAUCAUGGAACUUGGUGUUUGUCCUGGAAUAGAUCAUGCCUUAACUUGUAGUGGCAUAGAAAAAUUAAGAAAAAAUGGAUAUCGCAUUGAGUCCUAUAUAGCGUGGGUUGGAGGUCUCCCCGCUCUUGAAUUUGCUGACAAUCCAUUAAAGUAUAAAAUAAGUUGGUCUCCGGAAGGAGUUCUACAAGCUCUCGUUAGAGAACCAAUGUUUAAACGAAAUGGAGAGAUUGUAAACCUUGGUAAAGGUGGAACAUUUAAAGGUUUAGAAAGAAGUUUUCCAUUUUUUCAAGAAUAUCCAUUAGAAGGUUAUCCAAACUAUGAUUCUAUCAAAUAUCUCAAAUUAUAUGACAUUGAAGAAGCCCAUACGUGUUUUAGAGGAAGUCUACGCUACAAAGGAUAUAUGGACGUUGCAAAAUGUCUGUAUGAUUUGGGAUUGUUAUCUACAGAAAAACUUGAUUAUUUGGAUAGAGAUACCUCGCCUAUCAGUUGGAUAGAGAUAUGGUCGAAAAUUUUGUCAUGUGAAGGAGACUUGACUCAAGUGAAGAGAAGCUUGAUUGAUAAAUUACAACUUUCUAACAUUCAAAUCGAAAAUCUAGAAAAGUUAGGCUUAUUGAAUACUGAACGUAAUGUAAUAAAAAAUGGGACUCUAUUGUCAGCAUUAGCUGAGCAGUUGAAUAAAAAUUGCUCUUUUGGUAAAGGCGAAUUUGAUUUAAUGCUUAUGAGAAUUGAAUUGACUGGUUUAAAAGAGGAUGGUUCUAAAAAAACAGUAAAUAUUGAACUUAAACUUAACGGUAAACCGGAAAUGAGUGCCAUGGCAAAAACAACUGGCGGCACUUUGGCGAUUGGAGCUAGAAUUUUACUAGAGAACGAAUAUUCGUUCAAAUCUGGGUUACAUCUGCCAAUGUCCAAAGAAAUUUAUGACAAAAUGCUAGAAAUGUUAAAGGCAGAAGGAAUCGAAGCAAAUGUUAUCGAAUUUUAA